GAAGAAUCUGUCUGAUGAAACCCAUUCCAAAUUAUUAGAAAUAAUAAUCUUUCAAAAAGAGAUAUAAGAGUGAUACGAAACGAAAGGACAAUAAGCUCAUAAUUAGUUAAUAAACAUAAAACUUGAAUAAAUUACGAUUUAGACUCUUCAACAUUUUAAUUGAAUAAUCAAUUGGAUAACAGGCUUCAGCUUAGUAAUAAACGGAUCAAGCUUGAAAAUUACAAAGAGCGUUUUAAGUUAAUUAAUUGGAAAAAGUCUGGUCCUUUCAAGCGCAGUGAUAGUUCUAAAUCUAAUCUUCGUUGUUUCACACAUACACAUGUGCUCAGUUUUAAAUGACAAAGUACUGUUCAUCUAAUAUCCAAAUGAGGAGGUUAUUAAUAUCUAACGUUAAAAAAUGGAUUUAACUGGUGUUCAUCAUAUGGCAAAGCAAUGUUUAUACAUAUAUCAAAUAUGUAAAUUGGUGAAUGAUUAUAAAUAGUUAUCAAUGAUAAUUAACCAAUUUUGUUAUUAAAAUCAAAAUUCUUUUCUUUAUUACCUCGCCUACGUUGUUAUAUGAUUCAUAUUUAACGCGCUAAAAUUAACGUUAGGGGGAGCCACAAGGUACAUAAAGUUCUUAAAAUCAGCGCUACGAGGAGCCACAAGGUAUAUAAAGUUCUUAAAAUUAACGCUACUAGGAGCCACAAGGUAUAAACAGCAUACCGUUCAAAAUAUAACGAAUUCUUUUUGUUUGGAUUAAAUAAUAUUGAUUACUUUUUUCGAGGGAUAUCAAAACAGUGAUUUUAUAUGCAAAAAUUAACUGAAAAUGUAAGAUAACAAAAAAAAGGUAGCAGAAGAGUUUAAUGAAUUAAUGGAUUGUUCUUAUAUCGAUUCAUAUAAAAAAAAAGUUUUAAAAGAAUAGAAUUAUCAAGCGAGUGAUAAGGUAAUACUAAGGACAACUCAUAUGUUAUAGAAUUAUUAUAUAUUUCUAUUAGAAACAUUUUUGAGGUUUGUAAAUUCUUUAUGAGCCCUAAAAUUUUUACCGAUAUAUUCUUCUGCAAAACUUAAUGAAUCAGAAGAACAGCAGUAUUAAAAAUAUCAGAAUAUAAAUAUUGAAACCACCAAGUAAAUUGACUGUCAGAGAAAAUACUUGAACAAAAUCAAAAGAAAAUAAUAAAGUAUCAUUAUUACUUUACAGUAAGAAAUUACAAUCAAAGUUACAUACAUCUGAUAAUACUGUAAAUGAAAAUUGCAGCUUAUUAAAUCAUAAUAGUAUAUCCUCGUUUGAUAUGAGGUAUACCUUAAAAAGAGUUUCAAAAUCAAAGAUGGGAUUAAAAUCUCCAAAAUUACGCUCAAAAUCUAAAAGUCCAAUAUCAAAAAGAGUUUCAAGAUCAAAGAUGGGAUUAAAAUCUCCGAAAUUACGCUCAAAAUCUAGAAAUCCAAUAUUACUAAAAUCAAAGAUUCCUACUAUUACAGAUUUGCAUUGUACUAGUAACAAAAGGAGCUCACAACUAGAAAACAAUAAAAAUAUACUUAUGAGCAAAAUGUUAAGAAAAAAUGCAUUUAAAUUAAAAAAACCUAUAGUAUUACUGAGAAGACUUUCUGACAUUAUUAAAGUUACAUCAUCUUCAUCACUACCUAGGAUAAGCAUACGUAUAAAUGAUCAAUUUAGCAAUAGUAAUAUAAAUAUUUCACAGAAGAUAUUUGAUACCAUAUUUAAUCAUUCUCAGACUAUAAGUCAUAAUAAACUUAAACAAAUAAAUAUACCAUAUAAGUCGCAAACGAGUUUUCCCGAAACAUCUCCGCAUAAUAAAAUGAUUAGAACAUUUGAUAAUGUAAGUACAGCAUUUGUAGAACCCUUUACAUCUUCUACACCAAAGGAGAAAGGAAUAUUUAAUAGAACGAAUAAUAAACGUAAUACAAAACAGAUCUAUAAUGCGGACACAACUUACGAAUUAAACGAACAAUGCAGUACAUUAAACGUUCAAAAAAGUAUUGCAUCGACAACAGAAGAACAACAAGAGGAAGUAAAGAUAAAAGAUGAUACUUAUGAACUUAUUGAACCUAAGACUCCAAAUUUACGGAAGAAAUUAUACAAAAAACAAGGAACUGAGUAUGAAAAUUUUGAUCAAAAAAUACGGAAGACGGAUGCCAAAGUACGUUUUGUAAACUGUUCGUUGGAUUAUAAAUAUAAUUCAUCUUUAGCAGAUCAACAUAAGCAGAAAAAACAUAAUAGUGUUAAGAAUAAUUCAUCUAAAAACAGUUCAAAAAAGAAUAUUAUGAAGUCGUUUACUAGAGAUUUUCGUAAAAAACCAAAUUCCAUUCCCGAAAUUGUAGUAACAACACCAUCCCGCAAUCAAAUUCCAGAUUCAAAGCCUGCUACAACAAAGAAAGUUCCAAAUUUCGCAAAAAUCCAUAAGAAAAUAUUCGCCAAAGCAGAGUCUAUUAUUGAUGCAAAGAAACGAGUAAUAGACAGAUACACUGAACUGACCACAAGAAAUGAAAAGACUAACUCACGGGGUGAAAAUCAGUUAUCUAAUACAUUAAAUAAAAAUACUUACAAUCGAUUUGAAUUAAAAAUAAGAAAAUUGGAAGCUACCGAUUGUAUCAUGAGAAAUAAUACUUUACGAGUAACAAGAAACAAAGAACAAAGCAGAGCCGUUUUGAAGGGUGUACGAACAAACCGACGUUUUGAACUUCAGAUGAAUUUUAGGAAUAUGAACCAAUAAGAUAAAUAUAAUUAUGUUAGGUAAUUUAUAUUAUCAUAAGAGAAGCUCUUGUACUAUUUAUUUCAUUAUGCUCUCUAAUAUUAAUAAAUGAAUAAUAAAUGAAUGUAA